CCAGCAUGCACCGGGAUGAAUUCAGGCCACGCCCAGAACUUCUAUGGGUUGGUAACCGAUAGAAAACGCGGAGACACAAACUCGCUCGUCUCCGCUCCGUCGGCGAGAAGAAGCGCCCUUUUCCCAAUGGCAACCACGGCGGACGACCAGUGGGAACCCGCGCUCCACGGCUGCCACCACCACAACAACAAUAAUAACAACAAUAACAAAGAUAACGAAGCGGGGGAGACGGCGACCUGUCCUCCGGCCAGCUCGACCGAACCCGGCGGGAAGACGUCGCAUAGCGUUGGUAACGGCUCGGUCAUCAACUCCGGCGGUGGAAAUAAUGGAAAGUGGGUUCGCCUGAACGUCGGCGGUACCGUGUUCCUGACGACGAGGCAAACGCUCCUAAAAGAACAAACUUCGUUCCUGUACCGGCUGUGCCAGCAGCAAGACCUGCACUCGGACACGGAUGAGACAGGAGCUUAUGUGAUUGACAGAGACCCCACGUACUUCGGACCCAUUCUCAACUACCUGCGACACGGCAAACUGGUCUACAACAAGGAACUAGCUGAAGAAGGAGUGCUAGAGGAGGCUGAGUUCUACAACAUCACCCCUCUUAUUAAACUCAUCAAGGAGCGGAUCGUAGAGAGGGACUCCAAGUCUACGCAGCAGGUUCCCCCUAAGCACGUCUAUCGAGUGUUGCAGUGCCAGGAGGAAGAGCUGACCCAGAUGGUCUCCACGAUGUCCGACGGCUGGAAGUUUGAGCAGGUCAGCGUGCGCACCUGCAGAAAGCCCCGCACUGGACUGCUCUGGACUAUGGUGAACAUUGGCUCGUCGUACAGCUACGGAACAGAGGAUCAGGCUGAGUUUCUGUGUGUUGUUUCCAAGGAGCUUCACACGCCUGGUUCUGGGCUUGGUACAGAGCAGAGCCACAAGACGAAGCCAACGGAGAAGCAGAAGGAGGAAGCAGCGAAGGAGGAGGAGGCAGAGGGAGGGCGAGAAACCACACCAAAUGAGUGGCUUAGAGAAUGAGGGAGUCAUUUUCCUUGGUUCCAAAGCGAGUCGGGGAAAGGCUUUUCCAGAUCCACGGCUCCCGGAUGUAGACAUGACAAGAACCUCAAUUAUUUAUUUAGGCUCAAAACAACAUCCUUUACAUGGAAUGUGUGUGUAUCUGGUAUCCAACAGAAAGCUGCUGGAAAUAGAUUUGUAGCAUUUUUAAUCAUUUUAUUGAAAAACUUAAAAAAAGAUGAACUGAAACAACACAUAUUCAGUUGAGUACAGCUAUACUCUCAAAAAUAUUUUCCAAGGAUUUUACAAAUAAGACCUGCUUGUGUGGUGCAAGAAGGGAAGUGGCGCUUAGUACAUUUAUGACCAAACUCCACCUGACCAAGCCCAGAAUAUGAUGGAAAUGUACUGAAUUCCUGGUGUUGUUGCCAUGGAAGCAUUCAUAGAAUUAACAUCCAAAUGUUGCAUUUUCUGAUGGUCAUUAUUCCUGUAGUCUUUCUAGUAUUACAUCAGGUAGCUAGGAAUGCAAAACAACAAAAGAGAAGGCCUCAAAUUAGUGUUAGAAUGGUUCACCUCAUAGUAUUUGACAAUAGUGCCAUUAAUUAUCAGUUCUUGAUUGGAAAUGUAUCAUGUAGGCCCUAGUGGCAACUGCACCUUACUUUAACAAUUUAUCCAAUGCAGGAGUUGAAGGCACAAUCAUGGUUCAGUUUGAUUACUGUAUUUCCUCAAAUAUUGGUCUCCACUCUAGACACCAUUUUUGUAGAUGGCGCAUCUGCGGCGGCUUGCAAGGCUCGCUGCACGUGUUUACCAAAAAUUACCCCAAAAUUAAAUAAAUUAAUAAUAAAUAAAUUAAAUAACCCCGUCUCACCAGCCUUUUUGCCACCUGCCACGCCAGAUUUAUGCCGGUCACAAAAAAUAGAGCCCCAUAUCGCCACUGCGCCUCACCUCUCCUUUUGUCCUCAGGAUAAAAAGCAACAGAAGUUGCUAGUAAUUACCUUUAAAUAGCUGUAAAGUAGGCAGCACGGUGGGUGACUGGUUAGAGUGUCAGCCUCACAGCGCUGAGGACCCGGGUUCAAUCCUCGGCCCCGCCUGUGUGGAGUUUGCAUGUUCUCCCUGUGCCUGUGUGGGUUUUCUCCGGGCACUCCGGUUUCCUCCCACAUCCCAAAAACAUGCAUUAAUUGAAGACUCUAAAUUGCCCGUAGGUGUGACUGUGCGUGCGAAUGGUUGUUUGUAUGUGCCCUGCGAUUGGCUGGCAACCAGUUCAGGGUGUACCCCGCCUCCUGCCCGAUGACAGCUGGGAUAGGCUCCAGCACGCCCGCGACCCUAGUGAGGAGAAGCGGCUCAGAAAAUGGAUGGAUGGAUAGCUGUUUGGUUCAUGACCCUUUGAUUUGGUUGGUGUUUUGACUGAAGGUGUUUAGGCCGGACACCAAUAGCUGCAAGAAAACUGGAAUGGAGUAGUGUAGCUACAAAAAGAAAAUUUUAAAUAAAACCAAUUUUAAAAUACAUUUUUGUAAUACACAAGUAUUCUUCUGACAAACAAAUGCAUGAGAAUUUUUUUUAUGUGAAAAACCUUUCACUUAAAAAUAUGAAAGUACACAUCAUGCGCUGCAUUGCUAGUAGAAGCCUAGGAUAAACCUCGACACAAAUGGAAAUUACUAAUAUGAGGCAAUUGCACUGUAACACAAAAGUAACAAAUUUCCAUUGACCCAUCAAAGAACAGAAGCAUAUCUAAGUCUGCCCUUUAAAAAACAUUUGUACACAAAGGUCUUCUUAGCCACCUGGUACUGUGCAGUUAUGUAUGUAAAUACACACAGCCUCUCUUUGAAGAAAUACAUUAUUUGCCACUAUAGAAAAAAUAUGCUUGUAGUAAUUUCCAGGUGAAUUUUUGCUGUAAAAGCAAUGGUGUUUUGGUGACACAUUUUUCAGAUGAAUAUGAAAUACCACCCAAUAUAAUUAACAUUUGUCUCCUCCCACCGGGAUUGUCUCCUUUCAAGACAUCUGCAGCCAUCUUGAGGGCUGCGGCUAACGUGUGAGCCUUGUGACAAUGGCAGACAACGUGAUGGAACACAUACAGGCAGUUGUUGUUUUUUUCCCUAAAAAAAAGGAAAAAAAAGAAAAUCACACCUAAAAUAAGGUGCAAAUACAGCAAACUGUGUUUUUGUGGACAAUAAUACAAACUGGCAUGUUCUGGAAAUUUUAAGAUCCUUGCAAUAUGCUUCUAGCUGGAUUACCAAAAUUAAUGUUAGCAUAAAAUGAUGUUUAGCUGAUGAUAAACAUAUCGGUGGUAUUAAGAGAAGACUGAAAAAGGUGUUUUGUUCUGUAACUUUUGCUAUUUUUUAACAUAGAUAAUUCAGUGCCUUGUUCAAGCAGCAAAAGACUGAUGUCAAAAUGGUCAUAGUUAUUUUUAAGUGCAUUUUUUUAAAUUCACUUCAAGCGUACUUUACAAUCUCAUUUUGAGUCCAAGUUACAUUUUGAGUGCUUGAGAGUAGUGUUUUUCAGGAGGGUGAAAGAUAGUGUAGAAAAACAUGUAGGUGUAUAUUUUGUUAAAUACAGAUUUUGAGGAACUGAUGAACUUUUUUAAUUUUUUUGUUUUGUUUGUUGUUUUGUUUUGUAUAUUCGUUUGUAUUAUUUAUUACCAAGGUUUCUUUUGAAAUGUCUCACAAAAAGAAAAUGUGGGUUUUAUUGUAUGGGUGAUCAUCAGUUGGGUGGGUGACCUCUUUUUGCAUGUCGGGGGUGCUUUGCUACAUCCGCACGUAGUAUUAAUGGGUUUGUACACCACUUGUUAAAUGCCUCCUGCUGUAUGUGAUGUGUAAAACUUAUACAGGGCAAUUCAUUAUUUCUGUACAACAACAACGAUGGAGCGGUAUGUUAAACAAAUGUAGAUUUAAUCUGAGUAUACAGCCUCAAUGUGCAGUACUUUACAUACAAAGUAAAGUGGCACGUUAAUUUAUCAGGACAUUACAAAACAUUCUGAAAAAAACUGGUGUAUUUUAUGUAAAUGAAUGGCUGUACUCACUCUAAAUAAAAUAAAAAACUUC